CUAUUGGAUGAUAUUCAGAUUCUUUUUGUAGAAAAGGAAAUUCAUUCGAAUUCGCGAAGCCUAGUAAAUCCGCGACCCAUCAAAACGUAGUCGGCUCAACCCAACCCAACCCGCGAAACCACCGCCGUGCAGAGCAGACAGUUCCCGACUGGUCUAGACAUCUCGCAGCCGACUUGUCUCGCCGGCCGCCGCCGCCGCCGUCCCUUCCGCUCCGCCGCGACGCCAUGUCGGUGACGCUGCACACCAACCUGGGGGACAUCAAGUGCGAGGUGUUCUGCGACCAGGUGCCCCGGACGGCGGAGAACUUCCUGGCGCUGUGCGCGAGCGGCUACUACGACGGCACGGUGUUCCACCGCAACAUCAAGGGGUUCAUGGUCCAGGGCGGCGACCCCACGGGCACCGGCAAGGGCGGCGCCUCCAUCUGGGGCGGCAAGUUCGCCGACGAGUUCCGCGAGUCGCUCAAGCACACCGCCAGGGGGAUCAUGUCCAUGGCCAACAGCGGGCCCAACACCAACGGCAGCCAGUUCUUCAUCACCUACGCCAAGCAGCCCCACCUCAACGGCCACUACACCGUCUUCGCCAAGGUCAUCCAUGGCUUCGAGGUGCUCGACCUCAUGGAGAAGACGCCCACAGGGCCCGCCGACCGCCCGCUCGCCGAGAUCAGGCUCAACCGUGUCACCGUCCACGCCAACCCCCUCGCCGGAUAAGGGGGCAAUCAAGCAAGGCUUCCUUCCUGGCUGGUGAUUGCUCAUGCCUCUGUUUGCUCUCUAGUUCUCUUGCUGUUGUAGGAGCUUGGCUAAUCUAGGAAUUGGAACCUGUCUGUCUGGUUCUGCAAUACCAUCCUUUACCUGAAUUUUACAUGCUAGUACACUGGUGUGGUAACUGAUGUUUACAAGUGUUUGGUUAAAUGCUUUACUUGCUCGGGAUUGUUCAUCUACUUUGUAAAAUGUUGUUACACAGCAAGCUGCAGUGUUUGCUCAAUGCUCUGAUGAUCUUCAGACUCCGCAUUCCUUUUGCUGA